AUGCAUCAGGUACCACAGGGACUAAGCAGGUACCACAUGCAUCAGGUACCACAGGGACUAAGCAGGUACCACAUGCAUCAGGUACCACAGGGACUAAGCAGGUACCACAUGCAUCAGGUACCACAGGGACUCAGCUGGUACCACAUGCAUCAGGUAACACAGGGUCUCAGCAGGUACCACAGGGUCUCAGCAGGUACCACAGGGUCUCAGCAGGUACCACAGGGUCUCAGCAGGUACCACAGGGUCUCAGCAGGUACCACAGAGUCUCAGCAGGUACCACAGGGUCUCAGCAGGUACCACAGAGUCUCAGCAGGUACCACAGGGUCUCAGCAGGUACCACAGGAUCUCAGCAGAUUGAGAAGUGUUAAAAUGGAGCAACGCAAGCUGAACGACCAAGCAAACUCACUAGUGGACCUGGCAAAGACUCAGAACAUCAUGUAUGACAUGAUCUCAGACUUGAACGAGCGAGGAGAGGACAUGGACAAGAGGAUCGGUCUGUUGGAGACCAAACUGGAGACUCUGUUGAGUAACCUGCAGGCUCUGCCUGGACUCAUUAGCCAGGUGAUCAGCCAGCAGCAUAGAGACUUCCUGGAGGUGCAGCUGCAGCCGUACGACAAACACAGUCCAGAACGUUCCCAGUCGGUGUCACGGCGGCGCUCCUCGUCUACAGCUCCACCCACAUCCUCUGAGAGCAGCUAG